CAGACACACACACAAUACUGAAUCCAGGAAGUUCCAGCCCACCCAGGGGUAGGGCAAGCAACUGCUCCAAUGCUGAGCGCACUGUUCAAAGUCGAAUGACUGUGAGAGCAGCAGCAGAGCCUUUCUGGAACUGAACAUUCCCAUCAGCAGAGGCUGGCCCAGGGAAUCUUCUCCCUCUGAGAAGCCCCCAAAGAAUUACCCUUUGUCAAAAUGGCAGCUCUCCCCCACUGCUCUCAACCGUAUUGCCUCCAGGGCAGGCUGUGAACUGAGGACAAUGGCAGACAGUGGCCGUUUUGCCAAUGGGCAGUUCAGUUUUUAGAGCCUGGCCGAAACUGGCAAGCCCCCAGGUGCCAGCCCCUGACCGCGGAGCCCGGCUGCCAUGAGAUGCUUCCCAAAGCGCUUGCUCACUACUGCCCUGACGCUUCUGGGUCUGCUCCUGCUCCUCAGCCUCUGGCUGCAGAGCCCGAAGGACCCACUGGUGGAGAAGGUGAAGCAUUGGGCCCAGGAAAUGGUGCUGGAGCAACUCCAACCCGAGGGGAACGUGCGCAGCUUCCAGGAUCUGUGGAAUGCCUCUGCCUCCAGGAACAUCUCCUAUCGCUACCUCGCCGGCCACCCCCACUCUAGGAAGAAGUUCCUCACUGUGGGGCUGUCAUCUGUCAAGCGGAAGCGAGGCAACUACCUCCUGGACACACUGAAGUCCAUCUUCAAGCAGUCAACCCAGGAGGAGCUGGAGGAGAUGGUGGUGGUGGUGCACCUGGCUGACCCGGACUCAGAGUGGAACACCCAGGUGGUGAUGGACAUUACUGCAAGAUUCACUCCCCACCUCCUCCGGGGCCAACUGCUGGUUAUUCAUGCCCCUCCGGAGUGCUACCCACCCCUGGAAGGCCUGAAGAGGAACUACAAUGAUGCUGAGGAUCGAGUGCAGUUCAGAUCCAAGCAGAACGUGGACUAUGCGUAUCUCCUCAGCUUUGCUGCCAACCUUUCCUCCUACUACCUCAUGAUUGAGGAUGACGUGCAGUGCUCCAAGUCCUUCUUCACCACCAUCAGGAAGGCAGUGGCGUCCCAGGAAGGCUCCUACUGGGUCACGCUGGAGUUCUCCAAGCUGGGCUACAUUGGCAAACUCUACCACUCCAGCGACCUGCCCCAGCUGUCCCAGUUCCUGCUGCUGUUCUACCAAGAAAUGCCGUGUGACUGGCUGCUGGGGCACUUCCGCCUGCUGCUCAGCCAGAAGGAGGUGAUUCGCUUCAAGCCAUCCCUCUUCCAGCACAUCGGCCUGUACUCCUCCUUCCAGGGGACGCUCAAUCAGCUGAAAGAUGAUGACUUUGAGGCAGAUUCCUUGGACCUGCCUGACAAUCCCCCAGCUGUGAUGUUCACAGACAUAGACACCUUUGAGAACUACCUGCCCAGAAAGGCCUACAGUACAAUGCCGGAGUACUUCUGGGGGAAAUCCCCAUCUGCCGGCAGCCACUUCACCAUCGUGUUCCACCAGCCUGCCCGUAUCUCACGGCUCCAGGUCCACACCGGCUCUGAGGAGCACCACACCGACUAUCUCCACUCAGGGACUGUGGAGCUGGGCAGCCAGCACCAGGGAAAAGGCAAGGGCUGUUCUACAUACACCCAUGUUGGAGCCUUUGAGAAGGGACAUUUUGAACGGAGCGGCUUGGAGAACAGCACGGCUGCCGCCCCGGAGUGUGUGCGGAUCCUAGUGACAGAGAGUCAGAGUGAAUGGCUGAUCAUCCGCAGCAUCAGCAUCUGGACCAAAGCAAACAGCUAAGGGGGGUACAAGGGACAGAGGCACUGCUGGUGACCCACAUGCCAGGGAGCUGGCCUCCCUUCUCAGGGGUGAACAAGCAGUUUGGAGGUGUCUGAGGGGCAAUGGAAGGUGGUGGCACUGCCCCUCCCAGGCAAUGGCACGCUGCAGAGGAGGCAGAGUGAGGGCCUAGUGGGGAAGGAAGAUGGGGCACUGAAGGUCAGGGCAGUGGCACAGCAGGAUCCUGGUAGCAUGGCAGGAUGGUGCAUUAGGGCAAGAAAUGGGAGCUAAUGCAGCACAUUGAUACUCUGACCUUUCAGGGUGCCCUAUGUCCUUGGGCAUUAAUUGCCAGUGUAUAGGAGAGCCUGGCUCCCGCCUGGCUCCGCAGAGCUGACUGACUCCUCUGAACUGCUUCCUGUGGGGGCCGUGCAGUCAGAACCAGGCCCGGGUAAGCAUCCCACUGGGCCAGGCCCCAGGAGCGAGACCUGGAAUGGUGCUUGCAGCAGACUGCUGGGGCUCUGGAGAGGUCAGGAGAGCCAGCAGUGCCCGGCUCAGGGCAGGUUCGGGGCAUUGUCUACUAGGGAACUCUAGCCCAGAUGUGGG